UUAUAUCUAUCGCUUUAGAUACGAAUAUUUUAAUAACUCCAAAUCCCGCAUAACUUAAAAAUGAUUUCGUCUCGGUAGAUACCAGAAUCUAGUGGUCCAUAAUAAGAUGCCAAUACCGUGUGCCGUUGACCAGUCCAUGGCAACUGUGUCACCAGUUUCAAGGUUGACCGCUGCGCCACGCUGGAUUAACUCCGUCUUCUCGCGAGCGCCCACGCUGCUUCUGCUUCACAUGUGGUCUCCUCUCGCGGUCAAUGCGCAGACAUGGAACGAAUGAUCGGCUCCUCAGCUGCCCUUUCCGAUGUCGAUGGUCCCUUACAUUUAUAGCCAUCUGCUUGGAAUCGACCGAAAGGAGACAUGGCCAUGGUGGUAGAGGCCUUCGUCUCCGGGCUCCUCAAUGCGCUGGGAGACUUGGCCAUGGAAGAGGCGGACGCUUUGCUGGGUGUCCCCGGCGAGAUCCAGAGGCUGCAGCGCACGCUGCGGACGAUACGGCACGUGCUCCGUGACGCCGAGAGGCGGCGGAUCGAGGACGAGGCCAUCGACGACUGGCUCAGGGAGCUCAAGGACGCCAUGUACGACGCCGACGACAUCCUCGACGAGUGCCGGGUCCAGGCCGAGAAGAAACCCACGGCGCGGGCGGGAGCUCGCAAGCGCCGCCGCUUUUCCUGGUUCUCCGGCUUCGGCCGGCAAGUGGAGCUCACCCAUGAGAUCGGUGUCAGAAUCAGGGAUCUCAACCGGAGGCUGGAGGAGAUCUCCGCCAGGAGGACCGCGUUCGAUCUCAGGGUGUACUCCGACCGGAAGCCGACUUCUCGAGUCAGUCGCAAGACUUCCCCUGUGCUGGAGUCCGACAUCGUCGGCACGGGAAUGGAGGAGGACGCCAGGGAUCUGGUGGAGCUGCUGACCAAGGAGGACACGAGGAGUAACGUUCUCGCGCUCGCCGUUGUGGGGAUAGGCGGCAUCGGCAAGACGACGCUGGCUCAGAAGGUGUUCCAUGACGACAGGACCAAGGCCAGCUUCCGAAGGAGCAUGUGGGUCUGCGUGUCCCAGGAGUUCGUGGAAAGCGACGUCCUGAGAGACAUAAUCGCCGGCGCCGGCGGAAGCGACGGCGGAGCCAGGAGCAGGGCGCUGCUGGAGCCCGUGGUGGAGAGCCUCCUCCGAGGGAACAAGUUCUUGCUCGUGUUGGACGACGUCUGGAGCGAGUACAUCUGGGAGGACUUGCUCCGGAAUCCUCUGCAGGGCGGGGCGGCGGGGAGCAGGGUUCUUGUCACCACCAGAAACGAAGGCAUCGCUAGGCGGAUGAAGGCAGUCCACAUCCACAGAAUGAAGCUGCUGCCGCUGCACGACGGCUGGUCCCUCCUGUGCAAAAAGGUCGCUCACGGCGACGACGAGGAAAGGGACGCCCGGUCGAUUGCGGACAUAGGGUUGAAGAUAGUGGAGAAGUGCGACGGGCUUCCCCUCGCCAUCAAGACCAUCGGAGGUGUACUCUGCACCAAGGGGCUCAGCAGAAGGGCAUGGGAGCAGGUGCUCCGGAGCGCGGCGUGGUCGCAGACAGGGCUUCCCGAGGGCGUCAAGGGGGCGCUGUACCUGAGCUACGAGGACCUGCCGUCCCAGCUGAAGCAGUGCUUCCUCUACUGCGCCAUGUUCCCGGAGGACUACAUCCAUCUCAGGCAAUACCUCAUCCAGUUCUGGAUCGCAGAGGGGUUUGUGCAAGCAGCAGGAGACCUGACGCCGGAGGCAGCAGGGGAGGAGUACUACAGGGAGCUCAUCCGGAGAAGCCUACUGCAACCCCACCCCAUGUAUCACGACCAGUUCGGGUGCACCAUGCACGACCUGCUCCGCUCGCUCGCGCAUUUCUUGACGAGGGACGAGAGCUUGUUCGUGAAAGACGUGCAGCAAGGGUGGAAGAGCGCCGCCUCGGCCAAGCUGCGUCGGGUCUCGGUCAUAGCCCCGGGAACGCAGCGAAUCCAGCCCAUCCUCGACGCGAUCAAGAAGCAAGAGUCGGUGAGGACGCUGUUGCUGGAGAGGACAAGCGUGAGUGAGACGGAUGUGGAUGAUCACCUGAGGAAGUUGACGCGCUUGAGGGUGCUUCAUCUUGCUGACACCAGGAUUCUGGGGCUACCGCAACACAUCGGAGAGCUGAUACAUUUGAGGUACUUGGAUCUCUCCGACUGUCACAUAAGGGAGCUUCCUGAGAGCAUAGGGAAUCUGGUAAACCUGCAGUAUCUGAUCCUUAAUCGAUCACGGAUAAGCAACCUCCCCAAGAGCGUGGUCAAACUGCACAACCUGAGGAGCCUCGACCUGGAAUGCGUGCCGGUGGAGGGCUUCCCGUCCGGAAUCGGGAGGCUGCAACAUCUCAACGUGCUUCGAGGGCUGGUGGUGAACACAGGGAGAGCAUGGUGCAGCUUGGAAGAGGUAAGUAACCUUCGCAGGCUUCGAUGGCUGGCGAUAUCCAAGCUGGAGAGGGCAUGGGCUGCUGCAGAGCCGGGAGAAGCAGCAGCGAAGGGGUUGAGGAAUAACCAGGACCUGGAGUGGGUGGAGAUGCACUGCUCACCUUGCCGAGCUGACACCGCGCCGCCGAGCUUCGGGUAUGCGGAGGAGGAGAUGGAGAGAAUUGAGAGGGUGUUCGACACGGCUCUUCAUCCGCCAUCGUCGCUCGAUAAGCUCGAGAUCCAGCAUUUCUUCGGCCGCCGUUACCCUACCUGGUUGACGACUGCAAGCGUCGGGCUGCUCCUUGGUAAUCUGAGGCGUCUGGUUCUCGUCGACUGCCGGCUCUGCCCAUUGCUUCCGCCGCUGGGGAAGCUCCCCAACCUGGAGUUCCUUCGGAUAAGAGGUGCAUCUGCGGUUGUAGCCAUUGGGUCAGAGUUCUUGGGGUGCGAAGCUGUUGGGGGGAAGCGUCGUUCUUCUUCGCCUGUGUCGUUUCCUAAGCUGACAGAGUUGUGGUUUGAUGGGAUGAUAAACUGGGAAGAAUGGCACUGGGGGGUGAUCGGAGACGACGAGGUGGCGGUGGCCAUGCCUCGCUUGAGCCACCUGCACCUUGUUGAUUGUCCCAGGUUGAGAGAUCUCCCAGAAGCCUUGAGCUGCCAUGCCACAGCCUUAACCAGAUUGCAGACUAAAGGUGUUGGUAGUCUGAAGUCGAUCUGCGGCUUCUCUUCCAUGAAAAGAAUGCAAAUACACGAUGAAUCAGGCCUGGAAAGUGUCUCUGAUCUCCCUGCACUCGAGUUCUUGGAAGUAUCCAACAAUAAAAUGAGUUAUCUGCCUAAGUGGCUGGUGACAGGCCUAGCACAAUUCACUGCGCUUCAGAGACUCGACAUCGAGGGCAGCAGCCAAUUGCUUCGUAGUUGUCUUCAGAAUGGCGAGGAGUGGCCCAGGCUCAGCCAUGUCCCAAUAGUUUACAUCCAGGAUGACCAACACAAGUACAUCUGCUACAUCAAGAGUUCAUCCACCGCCUACACCAACUUAAAGGAACACAGUGAUGGUCAUGGCAAAAAGGUCAACGAGGAUCAGGAGCAGGACAUGGAUGAUAACCAUGGCAAUGAAGCAGGAGAAGCAAGACUAGAUUCCUUAAUGGCACCAAUUCCUCAGGAUCGGAGAGCAGCAAGAAAACCUCCAUGGGCAAAUUUGUGCCUAUGCUCUGAAUGAAGCUGUAGAUAACCCUUUCGACCGUACAGAUACCCCCAGAUCGUUCGAACUCUCCCACAAAGCGAUGCAUGCACUCUGAUGAGAGGGCAAAUCUAUGCCGUCCCAUUGUGACCUCAAUCAUCAGGCCUCAAGCUAAGCGAUGCUUCAAUGGGUUUGCACACCUAUCAAAGGUUCUGCAUAAUUAUGCAAAAAAGAAGAGUAGCUUGUUAAAGAGGAUAGUGCUUGUUGGUACCAACUCCAUCAGAAUAAUAAGUAGUUCAACAUUCAAAGCCAUGUUUCUGCAUGAAGAUUUACAACAGAUCGUACAAAGGUAAUUCUGUGAAGCUCUCAUAAUUGUAGUUCAACAUUCAAUUAUGUCAAUAUUUACCUAUGAAGGUGUCAAUGGCAAUUGGUACCAUUAUGGAAAAACAACAAGGAUUUGCGUC